AUGGCCUUAGCCACUUUUGAUGGGAAGAACAAGAGCCAGAAGACUAACUCGCCCCAUCUAGGGCAGGGAUGGCAGAAAGCUGACAUUCUGACAUUACUGAUCAGUUGGUUUAAGGUGGCAGUCACCUUCUGUGAUUUGUAUCACUUCAUCUUCCUGUCCUAUGCCGUUUCUUUCUGGAGAGGAGGAUGGCAUGCUCAUCAAGCCCUGCUUUUUUGUCUUAAAGAGCCACCAGAGCAAGUGAUCCUAGAGCUGCAGCCUGCCUGGGUGGCCGUGGAUGAAGCCUUCACAGUGAAGUGUCAUGUGCCCAGUGUAGCACCCUUGGAGAGCCUCACCCUUGCCCUUCUCCAGGGUAACCAAGAACUACAUAGAAAGAACUUCAUGAGCUUGGCUGUGACCUCCCAAAGAGCUGAGGUCAUCAUCAGUGUCAGAGCCCAAAGGGAGAAUGACAGAUGCAAUUUUUCCUGCCGUGCAGAAUUGGAUUUGAGUUUGCAAGGUGGGAGGCUCUUUCAAGGCAGCUCACCCAUCAAAAUACUCCGGAUCUUUGAAUUCUCUCAGACUCCCCGUAUCUGGGUCUCUUCCCUUUUGGAGGUUGGGAUGGCGGAGACUGUGAGCUGCGAGGUGGCUAGGGUGUUUCCAGCCAAAGAAGUUAUAUUCCACAUGUUCCUGGAAGACCAAGAGCUGAGCUCCUUCCUUUCCUGGGAGGGGGACACAGCAUGGGCCAAUGCUACCUUUCGGGCCAUGGAGGCUGGUGAUCAGGAACUGUCUUGCCUUGCAUCUCUGGGUCCAGUGGAACAGAAAACAAGAAAGCUAGUGCAUAGCUACAGCUUCCCUCCACCAAUCCUGGAGCUAAAAGAAUCAUACCCAUUGGCAGGGACCGACAUUAAUGUGACCUGCUCAGGGCAUGUAUUAACAUCACCCAGCCCUACUCUUCGGCUUCAGGGAGCCCCAGACCUCCCUGCCCCUGGGGAGCCUGCCUGGCUUCUACUUACUGCCAGGGAGGAAGAUGAUGGCCGAAAUUUCUCCUGCGAGGCCUCUUUGGAGGUGCAGGGUCAGUGGUUGAUGAAAACCACUGUGAUCCAGCUCCAUGUCCUAUACAAGCCACGGCUAGAGGAAUCCAGUUGCCCUGGCAAACAGACCUGGCUGGAAGGGAUGGAACACACACUUGCCUGUAUCCCAAAGGGAAACCCAGCUCCAGCCUUGGUGUGUACCUGGAAUGGGGUGGUCUUUGACCUUGAAGUGCCACAGAAUGCAACCCAGAACCACACUAGAACCUACUGCUGCACAGCCACUAACCAGCUGGGCUCUGUCAGCAAAGACAUUGCUGUCAUUGUUCAAGGACUGGAUGAAGGAAUCAGCUCUGCCCUCUUUGUCGUUAUUACCGUUGCCCUUGGAGUGGGUGUCAUCACCAUAGCACUGUAUCUGAGCUAUCGGCCCUGCAAAGUGGACAGGAGGAAAUUGCUCUAUAGGCAGAAAGAGGAGGACAAAGAGGAGGAAAGCCAGUUUGCUGUUGAGGAAGAGAAAAGUACAACUCGUAUAAUUGACAGCUAUUUGAUUGAAUGA